GCCAAACAAGAAUAGAGAGAAGUAGUUGAGCGUAGACCAAGAACCGCGACGGAUGUAGCAGCGCAACGCAGAUACUGACAGGAACCACGUGAUAAAUUCAAAUUCAUUUUGACGUUUACCGCACAGUAAUAAAAAAUAAGAUCCAAGUACCAGUAUAAAAUCAAUAUCAAUCCUCAUCGGUCACCAACCAGUAAAAACUCGUAUCACGUCUCGUUCAAACUUCAUAAUAUUUCAACAAAAUUUAUGAAACAAGUGUCUUACCCAUAUUCGCCAUAGAUCAAUAAUCCAAGAAAUUUAAAUUUUGAAAAAAAAUUUAUGAAGCCUCAAAUGCCACGAGUAUGACGUCAAAUGCAAUCAGAGGUAUCCGAAGGAAGAAGAGCUCGCUAUGCGAGGUGAAGGUGGCUGUGAUUGGGGCUCCAGGAGUUGGCAAAAGUGCCCUGACUGUGAGAUUCCUUACGAGAAGAUACAUAGGCGAAUACGAUCAUCAGGCUGAGAACAGAUACAAACACGAGGUCUUAGUCGACGGCGAACCUAUACUCUUUGAAAUCUUAGACUCUUGUCCAAAGAGCGAGGACGAACUGCCAACUAUAGAAACAUUACAAUGGGCCGAUGGUCUUCUGUUAGUUUAUUCGAUAACUGAUAGAGGAUCAUUCAAUUUUGUAAGAAAAGCAAAGCAAGCACUUGCUGUUGCUGAUCCCGAAGCGGCUAUGCCACUAGCAUUGGUUGGUAAUAAAGCAGACAUGGUGCACUUGAGGCAGGUCAGUGCUGAAGAAGGAGAAAUUCUGGCUAAAGACUUUGAAUGCUGGUUCAGCGAAGUCACAGCAGCUGAACAGGUUGCUCAAGUGGCUGAGUCCUUCCACGAACUAUGCCGUGAAGUUUUAGCAGCAAGAAGACGAAAUAAACAGUCUUUAUUAGACAGGAUGCUGGGUAGUAAAGCAACGCGUGCUUAUUCCAGGGGGAAAAGCGAUUCAGCCCUGCCAAAAGAUUAACAUCUUUUAAUACAGUAUAUUUUAUAUAUCAAAUUAAGGGUAUUUGUACCUUGUACAAAUUACUGGGAUACGGUACGACCGUGAAAUGACGGUUAGUUAAUUUAUAAAGAGUAUUUGUAAAGAAUACGUUCUAAUAUUAUGAAAUGUUUAUACGCGAGAUUGCGAGUUUUUGUUGUGUCGUCAAAAUUUAAGCCGAAAGUGCCAAAGAUUUCUAUGAUUCAAUAAUUCAGUGCCUUUGAAUGCUUCAAUAGGCACGAUGAACAUAUGUGUCUAAUAGGUUUGAGAAAUUUCUAUACCAUCCCCGUGUUGUGAAUUCGAUAUUAUUUAUAAGCGCGGAAUAUAGUAUUACUGAUGAUCUUUCAAAUUCGUUAGAUGAUCUUUUGGUAUGUCAAUAGAAUAAUUGUGACGUUAUUCAGUAAUUUUCGAAUGGUACAGAUUACACUUGUUAUUUUUCAUGUCAAGGUAAUUCUAUUAAAUACGUUACUAUAGGUCCACAUUACUAAGAAUAAUCGAUCUGUCGAAUAAAAAUCGCUAGUUGAGUCUAGCAAAGGAUUCAAGUUUUUCGUUCAAGAAAAUAAUUGUCUUCUCUGUCUCGACUACAUUAACGGUUAAAGCGAAGAGCGACCUAUUUGCAAUUAAACUAGAUAAGUGUUGAUAUUUACAUUUAUUAAUCUAUAUUUAUUUUGUACUUAUAUCUAUAAAUCCUAAUGAUAAAA